AUGACUACCCGCAAGAGGAAGCAAGAGGCCGAGGAGGAGCUCCAGGCCCUUCCUAGCGAUGUGAGCGAAGAGGAGGAAGAAUAUGAAGACUCCGAGCCCGAAGGAGAGGGAGUGAGUGACGAGGGCGAACAGGAGGAGGCGGAAGGAGAUUCAGAGUCUGAGGAAGAUGAGGAAGGAGAAGAAGAAGAAGAAGCAGAAGCAGAAGCAAAGCCCGAAUCUAAAGACAAAGACGAAGGCGCUCCGGCAGCCAAGAAACGGAAGACUGCGCCCGUUGUUGUCGACGAUGACGAGGCCGAGACCGGCGCAAAGAGCGAAGAAGAUGAGGAGCCCGAUGAGGGAGAAGACGUGGAAGAGAGUGCCGCUGAUACCGCUGCGGAAAGUGGCCCGGCUGCCGCUGCUGCUGAGGCUAAGGGCGAUGUUGUCCCUAAGGAGUCGGAUCUGCCCGAGAUUGAGGUGGCUGAGGCGGCUGAGGAAGAGAAGUGA